AUGGAGAUGGGGAGAUGCAUUUCACCUGGGAGGAUCGUAGAGCGCUUCCUGGAGCAGGUGAUUCUGAACUAUGCCUUAAAAGAAGGGUACGAUUGUUCUGGGCUGAAGGAAAAGCGGGUUGGCUCCCGUGUCCCGUUCCAGGGAGAACUCGCUGUACAGAUCCUUCCCCACCUUAGCGUGCUGGACUCUAGCUCCCCACUCAGGAGCGCUGCUGGACUGGAGCCCGAGGGACCACAUCCCAUUUACUCCCAGAGCUUCCAACUAGCAAAUGACUGGCUUGUGCCAGGCUCUGCUGAGGACCCCAGGACGUGGUGGGGACACCGUGGACGCAGGCUGUCUGUCAAGGGGGCUAGUAAGCCACUAAACAGAGUAGCCUUCAGCCCUGCGGCGCGGGCCAGCGAGCACUCAGAGGCCCAACUCGCUGUGGCUGCUACCCGGGCCUGGUCCCGCGCGGACGUGGGGGCGGCCAUAAGGACUGCCCGGGGGUUGGAGCCCUGCUGGGUUCCAGCCGACUUUUAUUACGUUGCCAUGGAUUUCGGAGGUCAUGGGCUCUCGUCCCAUUACGGCCCAGGUGUCCCAUAUUACCUCCAGACUUUUGUGAGUGAGAUCCGAAGGGUUGUGGCAGGUGGCGUCGUGGGCGCAACGUUUUCCUGUACCUUCCCCGAGAUGGUGGAUAAACUUAUCUUGCUGGACGCGCCGCUAUUUCUCCUGGAAUCAAAUGAAAUGGAGAACUUGCUGAGAUACAAGCGGAAAGCCAUAGAACAUGUGCUGCGGUUAGAGGCCUCCCAGGAGCCCUCGCGCACAUUCAGCCUGAAGCAGCUGCUGCAGAGGUUACUGAAGAGCAAUAGCCACUUGAGCGAGGAGUGCGGGGAGCUCCUCCUGCAAAGAGGAACCAAGAAGGUGGCCACAGGUCUGGUUCUGAACAGAGACCAGAGGCUCUCCUGGGUAGAGAACAGCAUUGACUUCAUCAGCAGGGAGCUGUAUGCACAUUCCAUCGGGAAGCUGCAGGCCCACGUGCUAUUCAUCAAAGCAGUCCACGGAUAUUUUGAUUCAAGAGAGAAUUACUCUGAGAAGAAGUCCCUGCCGUUCAUGAUACACACGAUGAAAUCCACCCUGAAAGAGCGGUUCCAGUUUGUGGAGGUCCCAGGCAAUCACUGUGUCCACAUGAGCGAACCCCAGCACGUGGCCAGUAUCAUCAGCUCCUUCUUACAGCGCACACACACACUCCCAGCCCAGCUGCAGCUCUGGGCCUGGAACUGUGAAGACCUAGUGCUCCCAGACUCAACACUGGGACUCUGA